UUUCUGGGCAGGCCUUGCACUUGACAGUUAAAAAACAUGGUGCGAAAGUAAGAAAGAAAUGUUUUCCCCUUUUUUUUUUGGGUUCCUAAGCAUUUCUCAGUUUUGAAAGUCACACUGAAAUUGAAAGACUAAAUUCGUAGUGAGCAUUAAAAUACAAUGCCUUUACUGGAAAUGUUUGUUGUUAUGGACAACGUCUACCAUGGAUUGCGAAGUUUCUUCGGCCCAGAAAAUCAAACUGGAACGCCCAACAUGCAAGCUCAUUAUGCGCUGAAAAAAUUGGUCAAACACCGUCGCAGGAUUGUAAAGAGCAAACGCAGCUUGCGAAGGAAUCGUUUUCCCAUUAAGGAGAAUAGCGAAGAGAGUGUUGGCUCCUCAGAACUAAAGGAGUAUUUUACCAGGAGCGAAUUCCCUGCUCCGAUAACCUUGAGCCGUGAACCGGCCACAACUCCUUCGAUAAAUCUGUUAAAUCGCCGUCGACUCCAAAACCGUCCGUUGAUGUCAAAUGCCCGCCAAGUGUUUCAAAUUCAGUGGGGCUGUUGGUGGCAGAGGUGCUGGCUUACUCUCAUGACUGCCACAAUGCAGAUCGGCUGCGGGUCUUCAGUCUAUUGCCACUCGCUUUUGGGGUUGUACGAUGAGGAGGAAUCGGAUCCACCAAUUGUUCUGCUCGUCUGCUUUUUGAGGCAGGCCCUAAAAAAGAUAUGCAAUCGGACUGACUUGGCCCUCAGCAGUAAUGGCCACGGGCCCACUUACAUCAACACCUCACCCGCCAUGGAAUUGAUCGACAUUCGCGACUUAUUUCAGCACAUCAACAAUGCCCUGGUAGACUAUCUUCUCAGGGUCGAUGAAUCCAAAAGCGAGCCAACGGAGUAGAAUAACUUCAAAAUCAACUAAAACAAAAAAGUCAGCUAACCAAAAGACAAGCUCUGCCUUUGUACACUAAAAAUAAUACAUAUUUUAGUUUAAAAUUAUUCCAAUCAAAAUCAACAUAAAAUUUGUAUUAUCUAAAAUACAAACAUUUUAAAAGAAUAUAUAACA